UUCAUAGCUCCAGAGAGUGCACUUUCCAACUGUUACUCCACGAUCACAUCUACCGUUAACAAGUAACUGUUUAAGGCUGUCAGCUUUAGAAGGUAUAUAGCAACAGCCAAAUUUUCUCAUCAAUGCACAUCCUAUCAUAAAACUUAGGCAAUGAUUCCAAAGAACGGAAAGUUUAUUCUCUGACUGACCAAAUGUUGUUUUCUCACUUUAUUAUCGUGCUUUUGAUAACUAGAUGAUCCACUUUGAAAGGAAUUUCAUUUCUAGACUUCGACAUCAGGAAUUUUUGUUCCAAUAUUGUUUUUCUACACUAUCUGGAUAUAAUUAAGUGAGUCGUAAAAUCAACCAAGGGGGAUGUCGUUUAAGAUUCCGCGAAUCGGUAUCCAACGCAAGUUAUUCGAGUAAUUUUACGUUUAACGCAAGCUACUGCUGUAUCAGUUCUAAUUUAGAUGGCAUUCAAAACAACCAGAGUUCACAGGAUAUAAGUUUUAGUGUUCAAAAUAAUAGCAACAUCCAUCAAUGUAAAGAUGAAUUCGAAGACCAGUCGAGUCAAAGUCAUUCAGAAUAUAACUCAUCAUUCUGGACUUCGCUUCGUAAUAUUUGGAAACACUCUGAUCGUGAAGACACAAGCUUGAUUAUUGAUAAAGACGAUGAACAUAAUGAUGAAUUAAAAUUAAGCAAUUUACUAAGCGACAUAAGCGAGACCACGGAUUACUUAAUGAACAAGAUAAGUAUGUCAGAAAAAAUAAUUGCAUUUGCGAACCUAAACGGCAACUCACUUAAAACUACUUCAGAAUCAGUAAAAAAUCUAUCUUGUGGAAAGAACAUUAUUAUCGAUAAACAAAAUUAUUUAAAUGCGUUUUCGGAAAAAGUGAAAGAGUUUCCUCUUUCCAUGACUGAACGUUUAGAUAGGAUCUUUUCGAAAGUUGAAAAUUCUAUGGCUGAUGAAUCAAGCAACUUUGAUCGUUUACCUGCGUCAUCUCGCAACGAUUUAGAACACGCUGUUGUGACUCUAAGGAAUAAACUCAAGUCUUUACAAGAAAGCAGCAAUCGAGACGAAUUCAUGUUGUGUGGAAAUAUACUGCGCAGUAAUGGAGUCCCAACACAAAAUAAGAAACAGCCAGCACAUGGACUUAAUAAGUACAUGUUGUCUAGUACAGGAUCAGAACUCUCUAUUCACAUGAAGUUUCGAACACCUCUUUCGAUUGCUGCGAGAAAACCUAAUAUCCGGUCUGUACCAAGGUUGAUAAAUAAUUCACGAGAACAAAAAAUAUAUAAUGAAGAUUACGCAGAUCACAGAACACGGAAGACAAGCAAGUUUCAAUUGAAAGACGAAUCCAAAUACUACCAAAAUACGGAUUAUUAUAUACAUUCACCUGAAGUGACAUCUGAUAGCAGUGACUGUAUAUCUUUAUCUAGUAUAUCUGAUAUAUAAAUUACUGAACCCAG